AGACGCCGAAGAUGAUGUGGUGCCAAGCCUGAAUUACCCUUGAAAACCGAAAGAGGCAACAUUCUCCAGUUCAGCUACAGCACUCGAUCUCUCAUGCAGACCAUUAACCGCUUUUUCUAUGGACCGACACCUGAAGAUAGAGUGCGCGCAUGGCAAGGAAAACUGCGUUCAGAAAGCCGACAACUGGACAGGGAGAUGAGGCAGCUCGAAGCUGCGACUGCAAAAGCACGCACGACGGUGAAGCAACUUGCUUCCAAGGGAGAUGUGAAGUCUGCGCGAAUCCUCGCCAAGGAGGUCGUCCGCAGUAAUAAGCAGAAAGACAGAUUGUCUGUUAGCAAAGCGCGCUUGGGAUCGAUCGGUACCCAGUUACAGCAGCAGCUUGCUAUGGCCAAAGUUACAGGGUCGUUGCAGAAGUCUACGGAAAUUAUGAAACUAUCCAAUUCGCUUGUCAAACUACCCCAGAUAAGUCAAGUGAUGCGGGAAAUGAGUAUGGAGAUGACGAAGGCUGGGAUCAUGGAGGAAAUGCUUGAAGACACGUUACAAAUGGACGAAGACGAAGAGAUAGAAGAAGAGGCGGACGCUGAAGUUGACAAGGUACUUUUCGACGUCACCAACGGGAAACUUGGGCUAGCUGGCUCAGCCGGAACGGAACUACCAACACCACAAGAUCAACUGGAGGACGAUGAAGCGGAGAGGGUAAUGGAAGAAGCCCGAAAACAGCUGAACGGUCUAUUGAGCGGCUAAUCUCAUGUUUGAACGAAGUAGACAUUACCGAUACCUCCGGGCAGCUUCCCCUAGUAGUCUGUAUUCUAGAAUCUAAGUUACCGCACUGUAUUUCUGAUAAGUUCAACAAGCUACUUGCUGCGCUGGUCGCAAUUUA